CUUCAUUCUUCUUCUUUCUUCUCUCUUCUUCUGUUAUUCGCUUCUGGCGAUUCUGCGAGUUUUCAGAGGCCGUGAUAGUGAAGAGAAACUCAGGGGAUACAUUGGAGGUUGAUUACUGGUGAUAGUGUUAAGGUUGGUUUAUUGUUGGAUAAAGAAGAAAUGACGAAAUGAAGAGAAUUAGAGUUAAGGUUCCUGAGAGAUGGAAUCGAUUGAAGAUUUAUGAGAUAUAGAGGAUGAAAUUGAGUUCUUAAUAGUGAAAGAAUGAAGGGGUUGUUAUGUAAUUGAAUUUCUGAAGUUGUUUUGAUGAAGCAUCAUCGAAUUAGGGUUUGUAAGAAAUUCAUAGAAACUUUAGAAGAUGAAACCCAUGUUUAAGAAAGGUGAUUUGAAUAUGGGUAUUGUGUUAAUUUAACAGUUGAGGUGUUGAUUUGUGGGUUGAGAUAACCUCAGGUGAGUGAAGAUUUUGGGAAUUUGAUGGUGAUGUGCUGAGUCGAUUCAGUCUAAAGAAGGGAUUGAUUUCAAUUGGUGGAGAGAAGCUGUUCUGAGGUAAUUAUUCUUUUUAGUUAACUUAGUGAUGUUUAUAUACAUUCAUUACUGAGUUAUUGAACUUGUUAAUUGAUAUAAUAAUUGAGAUAGAAUUAUGUGUAUGGAACUGGAUGAGGAAUUAUGUUACAGUGGAUGGAUGUUUGAGGCAGCAAAGAGAUGGAGAUGGUGAGUAUGGAGUUGGGUACUGUUGUAACUUGUUGAAUGAGUGGUUGAUUAUUGAGGCUUUUAUUGAGUGGCAAGCCUAGUCUGAGUUGUAAGAGUAAUUAGGGUUUGAUUAUGACUCUCAAAUGGAGUCUGGGGUGACAGUUAGGUGGUGGUGGUGUUGGAGUUGCAGAGAAUGUGAAUGGAUAGACAGAGUGGCAUUGUUUGUGUGGUUGAAAUUGUAGAAUUAAAGUUUAUUGUACUGAUGAUAAUUCAGUUAGGGAACUAGUCUUGCAGUUGAUGAUGGUGUGUCUGUAUGUAUGAGAUUAAGGAAGGGUUGUCUGAGUUGGGAUUGCAGAUGGUUUGUUAGGUGCAGCUGUAGAGUAGGUUGACACUCUGGUUGUGGUUUGAGCAUAGAAUGGAUGUUAUAGAAGUGUAUCUAGAAAUGAAGUUGAGUUGAUAGUUAUAUAGAUAGCUGAUAAGGAUUUGCAGAUGCUUGUGGUUGAAAAUGAAAUCUCACUGAUGUUGAGACAUGAGAUAGGUUUGUUGUAAAUGAUGUUGCUGUUGGGAUUCAGAAUUGCCUGAGUUUGCAGAAUUUCCUGAGUUGGUGAUGUGGGCUUGAAAAGGUUGGAUACAGAACAGUGGUUGGGAUUUGGAGUUGUGUUUUAUAAUCACAGUCAUGGGAAGGAGAUGGUGUUGUUAUAUUUGAUUGUGCAAUGUACUGAGUUACAUAGAUUGCAGAAGGUUGAAUGUGCGGGCAGUAUAAGUAGUGAGAUGAACUCAAAUUGAUGUAGGAGGUGAGGGAAGUGAAGUUAAGGAUGGUGGACCUAAACUAAGUUUCAGCAGACAUUUCAAGGUAGACUGUGUAGUGGUUAAUGCAGAACUGAAGUUUUAGGUGAUGCAUUUUGAUUAAGUUCAAAGUUUAGAGUCGCAGUUGUUUGAAUUUGACUUGGCUGUGAACUGAAAUGAUAAUUGCAGGUGAGGGGACAAUUGAUGAUAAUGAAGAGGUCAUAGUGAUGAUUGCGUUGAGCUGAACUCAGUGAAGUUGUUUGUGAUUUGUGUGGAACUCUUGGGGUUGUGUUUGGGUAGGCUGAGUUGAGUUGUAUAUAUUGAGAUUGAUUUGAAGUUGGGAAUGAGGGUUAGAUGAAGGUGUUGAGUGAGUCUUUAACGGAAAGCUUGAAAAUGCUAUUGCAGGAGAUGAUUUAGGAAUCUGAAACAGUAAAAGAACACGAAGUAUUAUUGAUGACCAUUUUCAGAAGACUACAACAAGGAAGAAAUGGGUCACGGUUUCAGAAGACUACAACAAGGAAGAAAUGGCUCAAGCCAAACUUGAGCAGGCUAAGGCUGAGCUCCAAAUUAUGCGAGAUCGCAUCAAAGAGAAGAACAUACAGGCUGAAGGUUCUUGCAUCAAAGAGAAGAACAUACAGGUUGAAGGUUCUGGGACCGCCGAUGGGACAAAGGCUACAAUCGAAGAGGCUACUCAUACUAUGCAAUGCAGGAACAACAUUGUAGUGGAGGAAACUAAUAAACUCGAAUGGGGGGCUGCCAAAGAUGAGGAAGAUCGCCUGAAAAAGGAACAAGCAGCGAAGAAGAAGGCCGAGCUUCUGGCAGGCAAGAAGGCCCCGAAGAAAACAUCAAAAAAUAAGAAACAACAAGCUAAGGCUGUCCAAGAAGAUGACAAGGGUCCAGCAAACCCUUCUGAUAAUUUGAUUACUUAAUGUUUGUAGUUUGGUCAUGCAGGCCUGUCUGCUGUCUUUUGUCCUCUUCGUUUUAUCUGAAGUAAGGUCGUCUCUCUGUAGGACUGGCAUCUUGUUUUUUUUGCUUCAUGUAGGCUCUUCUGCGUUUGGCUUUUGGCUAAAGGCUAAAGAGACCUAUCCUUUUGUGUUUGUGCUUUUUAUUCAAUCCAUUCUUUGACCGAGUAAAAAGAAAGUGUUCUUGAGCC